GGCAACCUGAUUCGCGAAGAACAAGUUGACCGAUCGUCGAUUGGUUGAAGCAAACUGCCUCACCGAAAUGGAGUCUACCGGAAAACCUCAUGCAGUUUGCAUACCAUUUCCAUCACAAGGCCACAUAAAUCCCAUGCUCAAAUUAGCCACUCUUCUUCACCGAAAAGGCUUUCACAUAACCUUCGUCCAUACGCAGUACAACCGAACCCGCCUCCUCGAAUCUCAGGGCGAUGUUUCCCUGCCGGAUUUCCAGAUUGCCGCCAUCUCCGACGGGCUCCCGCCGCCACCGGAUGACGGGAAUGCCGCCACGCAAGACAUUAGGUCGUUGUGUUUGUCGACCCAAGUCAACUGCUUGGAACCGCUUAAUGAACUCAUCGAUGGUUUAAACCACCGCUCCUCGUGUGUUGUGCCUCCGGUGAGUUGCGUAGUUUAUGACAUGAUUAUGAGUUUCGCUCUCGAUGCGGCUGAGCGGAUCGGUGUUCCUGGUGUGGUGCUGCAGACCGCCGGCGCUUGCAGCUUUAUGUGUAAUAAAUACCUUACGCAUCUUGUGGAGAAAGGAUUUGUACCUCUCAAAGAUAAAAGCUGUAUGACAAAUGGUUAUCUGGAGACUCAAAUAGAUUGGAUUCCGGGAGUGAUUCCUCUUAAACUCGGCGAGUUAACUCACACAAUUCAAACAACAGAUCCAAACGACCCCUUGCUAAACUUCGUCAUCACUCAAUUCGCCCGAUCUUCAAAAGCAGCAGCCAUAAUCAUCAACAGCUUCGACGCAUUGGAGCAAAACGCACUUUCCUCUCUGUCCUCAAUAUGCCCGCCAAUCUACACCGUGGGCCCGCUUCAUCUCUUCCUCGAUCAGCCACCGAAGAAUCCGACCGCGAAAUCAAUGACGAUCUCCAGCCUCUGGAAAGAAGACACCACGUGCCUAAAAUGGCUCGAUUCGAAACCCGAAAGAUCGGUCAUUUACGUAAAUUUCGGAAGCAUUGCAGUUCCGACACCUCAGCAAAUGAGCGAGCUGGCGUGGGGGCUCGCCGGAAGCGAGGAGAAUUUCUUGUGGGUAGUGAGGCCGGAUUUGCUCCGGCGGGAGAACCCCGCCGCUCUGCCGCCGGAGUUCCGGGAGGAAACCGGGGAGAGGGGUUUUGUUUCCGGGUGGGGCCCGCAGGAGGAGGUGCUGCGCCACCCGGCGGUUGGAGGGUUCUUGACGCACUGCGGGUGGAACUCGGUGGUGGAGGGCGUGUCCGCUGGGGUUCCGAUGAUUUGUUGGCCGUUUUUCGCCGAUCAGAGGAUAAAUUGUAGGUACGUAUGUGACGAGUGGCGGGUUGGUGUCGAAAUGAAUCGGGAUGUGGAGAGAGAUGAAGUGGGAGUUCUUGUGAGAGAGUUGAUGGGUAGGGAGAGGGGUGGCGCGUUGAGGAGAAGGGCUGAGGAGUGGAGGGAGAAGGCGGCAGCGGCGGCGGCGGCGGCGGUUGGUGGUGAUGGUGGUGGUGGUUCGUCGUGGUUGAAGUUGGAGAGAUUGGUUCAUGAAGUUUUGAUUGUUUGAUAUUUGCAAUUUGGUGGUAUUAAUAUGUUUCAUUAGUGUAAAUUACUAGUAAUUUUUCAAGGUGCAAAGUGCUAAUAUGUUGUAUUUAAAGGGUGCAAAAUCAUAUUAAUUAAACCAAAAAAAUUUAUACAGAUAAUUCUUUAUAUAUUAAUACAGAGUUGGGACUAGCCAAAUUCGAU